AUGAAGCCUUCCACCAUCCUCUCCGUCUUCACUGUGGUGGCCACUGUUUCAGCGGUGCCUACCAUGGAACUUGAACCGAGAGCAGCUCCAACAUGCCCUGCUGGAAGCUUCAAGCAGAUCUGCCUGCCCGGCGGACUGUUCAACAUCAUCAACACGCUUCUGGGCAAUAUCCUCGGCACUGUCAGCGGACUCAAAUGUGUUGCUCCUACUACACCAACUACUCCAACCAUUCCACCCGUGGUGUCUGCACUUCCACCUAUCAUCCCACCCGUGGUUUCUGCCAUACCGCCUGUGGUGUCUGCCAUUCCACCAGUCAUCUCUGGUGUGGUUUCCGCUAUUCCACCAGUCGUCUCCGCUGUCGUCCCACCCGUGGUUUCCAUCGUAGCACCCGUGGUUUCCGAUGUCGUCUCCGUCGUAGCGCCUGUGGUCUCCGGUGUGGUUUCAGUCGUAGCGCCUGUGGUUUCCGGCGUGGCCUCAGUCGUUCUACCAGUGGCAACACCCAUCCUUGAACCAGUACUCUCCGCCGUAGUACCAGUGGCGACACCCAUCCUCUCCGUCGUAGUUCCAGUGGCUACACCCAUCCUAAACCCAGUGCUUUCUGUCGUAGUGCCAGCGGCAACACCCAUCCUCAACCCAGUACUCUCCGUCGCUGCACCAGCCGCAACACCCAUCCUGAACCCAGUACUCUCCAUUGUUGCACCAGUCGCAACACCCAUCGUUCAACUUCCGGGCAUUGGACUCUAG